AUCGAGACCGAUGAAGGUAUUUGGAAUGCAUGCUAAUGGUGAAGCAUAAACUGGGCGGGCCGGUAUGGAUGAUAGAGCAAGUAGUAGUAGUGUCGUUGCAGGCGGAGAAGAUAGAAUAAGCAAUUUGCACGAUAAUAUCAUUCUUCACAUUCUAUCUUUCCUUGACCUGAAAUAUGCUGUUCGGACUAGUGCAUUGUCUCGGAAAUGGAAGCAUACUUGGACUUCAAUCCCUUGUGUUAACUUGAAUCCUGACGUUUUUCAAACCAAGUAUAAGUUUUCCAAGUUUGUCAAGCGUGCACUAACUUGCCGAAACACUGGUGUUAAAGAUUCUGCGAUUAAGCUCACGUUCAGGGGAUCAAUCGUCCAGGGGUUUGUUAACAAUAUCGUAACAUAUACAUACUCGUAUAAUGUUAGCAAACUGACUUUGAUAUGGCCCACUUGCACUUACGAUGAGCUCCCAGAAUAUCUUUUCAGUUCGUGCACUCUCAAGCAUCUCACUCUUGAUAAUCAAGCUCAUGUUUUCUACCGUAAAAGCCGCAUCAAACUAAAUUCUGCUUGGAGACUUCCUGCUUUAGAAACUCUGAAUUUGACUGAUCUAGAGAUAGGUUAUAUUGAAUCUAAGAGACCUAAUCUUUUUUCCGAGUGUGUGAACUUAAAGGACAUCACCUUGUGUCGUUGUAGCGUGAAUGAGUUGGGCACAUUCACUAUUUGUACUCCGCAACUGGUUAAUCUCACAAUUACAGAUUGUGACAUAUGGUCGUCAGUUCUCAAAGUGAAAGCUCCUCAACUUAAGAAUCUGACGGUGUCAUGUAACAACACAUUUCCAAAGUUUUUCAGCUUUAAUGCUCCUCAACUUGAGAAUCUUACUGCAAGUGUCAGCACUAGUGCGAUUAGUUUUCCAUUCAAUCAUUUUCUGUCGUUUUCCCGACAUAAUUUCAAUUCGCUAGAGAAAGUGAAUCUCUCUUUAAGAUCUAGGUAUAAUGAAAAGCAAGAGGUUUCCCAACGACUGCUCGAUUUAUUCAAGAUAUUGCGCAGUGCCAAAUCUCUGAUCCUUGAUGUGCACAUCAUUGAGAGUCUCUCAUCAAGCCUGGAUCAACUAGCACAUGAACCUUGUCCGUUCAAUAACUUGAAGUUAUUGAAGAUAAAUAUGGUUCCACUGAAGCAAAAGGACCCAAUACCUGCAGUAUUUACUCAAGUUAUAAAUUACUUGCUUGAGAACUCUCCAUAUGCCACUGUCAACAUGGAUUUACCACAGGUGCCCCAAAAGAGAUCAUGGCAGCAGGUACCUAAUGAAGACAGGCCUAAGAAGGCGACCAAGCUGGAGACAGGAAUAUCGACUAUGGUUGAUGAGAAAAAAUUGCUGGAGGCUCAAAUACAAAUGCAAGAUCAAGUCAUUGCAAAGCUGAGGGCAGAAAUAGAAAAGAAAGAUGAAGUUAAUGCAAAGCAAAGGGCAGAACUAGAAAAGAAAGAUCAAGUUAUUGCAGAACUGAAUGAAAGAAUACAAAUGCAAAAUGUCAAUAACAUUCAAAGCCAGUUAGUUCAUGCUGCAGAACUUCCUGCGGUACCUGGACCAUCUUCAGCUAAUGCAAGUUUUCCACCAACUUGACUCCAUGGCUAUUAAUACCGAUGAUGGGUCAAAAGGACAACAAUAACUUCACUCCAUGGUAUGCACCCUUAAUGGCUUACACCCGUUAUUUAACCCAUUUGACCUAUCGAUUGGUUUUGUCGCAUAAAGAUAUGAGUGAUGGUUGUUGAGAAGCUAUAUAACCGACUUCAUAUUUUAUAUCUUUAAGAUUUGUAGUCUUGUUUAUUUUUAAUUUACUAUGAUGUUGUAGUUGUUUAAGGUAAUUGCCUUUUAUAUGCAUCGGUACUUUGCUGUGGUGAA